CCAGCUACAACAAAUUUUGUUGGUAAAUUCACGCAAAGCGUUCGAAGGAUUGUCCAGGACGUCAAGGAUGAAGGUGCACCUAGUGGCAUGAGCCGUGAGGAAGUCAUCGAGACAAAUGAGCGGCUGCGUAAUUUACGCAUACGUCUGGAGGAAUCUUACGACACGGCUAAACAAGCUUUAAUAACCCUUAUGAAUAAAUAUGGCGAUUCGAAAUCACAACGUAAUAUUUUUCAACGUUAUCCAAUGCUGAAAAUUAUGAUAAAGGAUGUGAUUCGAUUAGAAACGCAAUAUUGGGCCCUCAUCGAUAUACCACGCCAAGAGAAGCAGGAAACGGUACCCACCUAUGUCAUGCGUGCCUGUUCGAUUAUGGAAAAGACGCAAAAAUCUGGUGAAGGUGUAAAAACAUCAGCCAAAUUGGCAGAGGAGGCAGCGGAGAAACGUGAACGUUUAGAACGAUUGGAAA